AUGGAGCCGUCAAAUGGAGACACAGCUCGCCCUGAGGAGGAUAUCAAGGCUCCAGAGGGUAUGGUAGUUCCUCCUAAGGAUAUCCGUUCGAUUGUCGAGAAAUCAGCAACCCAUGUCGUUCGCAAUGGACCCGAGUUCGAAAACCGUGUUCGCAAGGAGUUGAACAACUACAAGUUCUCUUUCUUGAUACCAGGAGACCCUUACUACACCUACUACAAAUGGCGCUGCGACGAGAUCGCAGCCGGCCGCGGAGCAGACGUGACAGCAGGCCGAGCCGAGACAGUCGCCGCGCAACCCGAAAAGCCCAAGGGGCCGCCAGAACCGACACCAUUCUACUUCUCGGCGCGCAUGCCUAUCCUCAAUGCGCAGGAUCUUGAUGUGGUCAAGCUUACGGCCUUGUUUGUGGCAAAGAGGGGGAAAUCGUUUACGACUGCGCUGUCGCAGCGCGAGGCGAGAAAUUUCCAAUUCGACUUCUUACGGCCACAGCACAGUCUUCACUCAUUCUUCACACGACUGGUUGAUCAAUACACCAUUCUCUUUCGCACCGAAGGAAUCGACGAGGCGACAACAGUCACGAAAAGAAUCGCCGAGCUCGAAAAGAAUGUGCAGAACAAGUUCAACGUCAUGGAGCGCGCCAAGCAGCGAGCCGAAUGGGUAAAGUUCCAACAGAAGCAAAAACAAGAGAAAGAAGAGCAGAGCGAGAAAGAGCGGUUGGAAUAUGCACAAAUCGACUGGCACGACUUCGUCGUGGUGGAAACCGUGGAAUUCACCGAACACGACGAGCACGCGGAAUUGCCACCCCCAACAUCCGCCAACGACCUGCAAUCCGCCUCCCUCGAGCAGAGAGCAGCCCUAUCCCUCAGCAGACGCCGCAUCGAGGAAGGAAUGCCCGCAGACCUCGAAUCACCCAUCUACUACAACGCCACCGCCCCUAUGCCAUCCCCACAACCCUCCGUCUCACCCUACCAAGCCGGCCCCUACCAACCACCAGGCCAAUACACCAACCCCGAAGAAGACCAACGCAUCCGCGAGCGCAUGCAAGCCCGCGAUGCCGCCGCCGCCGCCCAAGCAGCCGCCCAAGCCGUCCCCGGCCAACAGCCAAUGCGCAUCCGCUCCGACUACGUGCCACGCGCCCAAGCCCGCCGCCAACAAGCCCAGAUGGCCAUCUGCCCGUACUGCAACCAGAAAGUGCCCUCCCCCGAGCUGGACGAACACAUCCGUAUCGAGCUUCUGGAUCCGCGCUGGAAAGAGCAGCGCGCAAAGGCGGAAUCCCGCAGUGCAACGACAAAUCUUUCUACCGUCGAUGUCGUCAGCAACCUCAAGCGUCUGGCGAGUCAGCGCAGCGAUGUCUUCGAUUCUUCGCCUGUUGAUCCCGAGGAGGAGGCGAGGAGAAAGCGUAUGGCGUUGCCGGGUGAUGGCUCGGCUGGGCCGCAGAAUCCGAAUCAGCCUAGUACGAAUAUCGAUGAUCAGCUUAGACAUAUUCAGCAGCUUGCGAAACGGUGA